CGUUCCGGGAGGAGGGUGGCUCCACGCGCGGCCACACCGCGAAACCGUGCCCACUCGCCUCAACCACGGACGUCCACUCGUUUUCUCGUCUCGUGAAAACAUGGCGGCCAGCGACGACGAGCCGAUGCAUCUCUACGAGGUCUUUCAGAACUGCUUCAAUAAGAUCGCCAACAAGCACCCCGAGAAAUUAGGCUUCCAGUCGCCGUAUGGCCCCACGAUGGACAAUGGAAUGACGUAUGGCGGAGGAACGUUCGGUCCUAGUGCAGGAGGGCCAGGCGGUGGGCCAGGGGGAGGCGGAGGAGGCGGCGGUGGAGGUGGCGGCGGGGGUGGUGGCGGAAGUGGCGGCGGUGGAGGUGUCGAGGGCGCCACUUACCCCCCGGACUCGCCGUACUUCCCGUUUGGUAGCCGGGGUGUACCGCCCUCCGUGGGGACGCCCACCCCCGCUGCUAACCCUGCAGCACCCACCGGCACCAACGGAGCACGGUUACCAAAUUCCACAGCCGGUGCGGCAGCUGUAAAGAGGAAGAAGGACGCCCUCGACGGACCGGAUGGCGAAGUCGUGACAACACAGCACUGGUAUGGCUCGGAUGAAUUCGGGCAGGACUCUCCGAGAUACACCUCCCCCAAGGCGGCGGCCCUCUAUGCAGACCCUUACUAUAUCGAUGGGAACGCCGCGGGAACGGGUCCUGGAGACCCAUGGACGGGAGGUGGCGGCGGUGUCCAGCCCCCGUACAGCGGAUACGCACCCCCUCACCUGGCCCAACCAGCCUACCCCAUGCACCUACCCCACGACCCCAUGGCAUACUCUGCCAUGUCGCCGAACGGAGAACCGGCGGCGCCGAUUCUGGGCUCGGCGGUGACCAGUGCGGCCUCGCUGCCACCAAUGUCGACAUUCCGGGGUAGCGGCGCAGUUGCGGCGAAUAGUGGUACCGGUGCACCAUCCCCGGCCUCGUUGCAAUAUAGUCAUAGUCCUGGUGCACCCACUACCGCACCCUCCGCGCCCAACCCUGCACCCACGACGAACCAGCAACCCACCACGGGAGACAGCCUCGGCAAGACUCUCGCAUCUAUUUACCCCACGGACCAAUCGGUGUCGAGUUACAGCAGCAACCCAUCUACACCGGUCAGUUCGCCACCACCUUUGACAGGUUCAGCACCAGGCUGGGCACCGGGUGCUGCACCGGUGUCUCCUCACUUCACGGCGGAUCCCAACCGUGGUACCAUUCACAUGCCGGCGCCUGAACAGCAGAGGCUAGACGAUGCCAUCGGCUUCCUUCGCGACCACGCCGAGUUGGUACAGGGUACGCGGAUGGAGGAACGACUGGACGAUGCCAUAAACGUGUUAAGGAACCACGCGGAGAGCCAGUUAGGCCUUCACCUUGGUCCCGUUGGUCCACACGGUUCCCUCUACUCCCACACAUCACCACCGCAACUGGACCACUUGACGAGUCCUCAUCCUGCGGUUACAGUAGCACAACCUCCUCAGGGCUCGUACUCCGGCCUCACGCCCACACCUGACACAGACGGCUCCAUCAAAAUCGAAAGGUUACCUGUGACAAAUGCCAAAUACGUCUCUUUAGAGAAGAGAAAGGAUCCGCCGGAUAGUAGUGGCGGCGAAACGAAACCCUCGAGCAGCGAGCUGGCAGCGGCAGGCGUGAUCGGAGCGGCCACGGUGAACUCUACGUCUCAGGGAAAAGGGACGAAAAGAUCGCGUAGAUAUUGUUCGAGCGCUGACGAAGAUUGCGACGAUCCCAGCACCAAAGCGGUGCGCGAGAAGGAACGUCGCCAGGCCAACAACGUGCGUGAAAGGAUACGUAUCAGAGAUAUUAACGAGGCUCUGAAGGAACUAGGCAGAAUGUGCAUGACGCACCUGAAGACGGACAAACCUCAAACGAAGCUCGGUAUUCUUAACAUGGCUGUCGAAGUGAUCAUGACGCUGGAACAGCAAGUUAGAGAACGAAACCUAAAUCCAAAGGCAGCGUGCUUGAAGAGGAGAGAAGAGGAGAAAGCAGAGGAUGGGCCUAAAUUACCCGGUCAUCUCGCCGCGCACAUAGCUCACCCUCAUCCUCACCCUCACGCACAUUCUCAGCCACCUUUCUCCACGAUGCCUGGCCCGCCACCGCCACUUCAGCACAAUCCAUCGCAGCCACAGUAGCAGCGGCUCAGCGGCGGUAUGAUCCUGUGUUAAGGGGUAGAUACGGCUUAAAGUUGUCAUAGUUAUCGAAGUUUCGCUGGGACUCGCGCAUACAGAGAUAGGAUUCGCUCAUGCCAGUCGUGUACAAGUGAAAAAUUAAGGGUAUUACCGCGCGGUAUAUCGAGAUAUUCUACUCCACGAACGUAAUUCGAAUUUACGUUCCACGGAGGCUGAGGACACUUGGUCGUUGAUCGAA